UUGUGCUUGAUCUUUCGGGUGCGGUUCUUUUCCGUUCCCUCAUGGACGGAGAAACUACACCAGCAGUAACAAAAUUUGAGGAGUUUGAGAGGGUUUUGCUGGAGUUUGACAUGCUUGAUUUCGAUCCAGAAACAAGACUAGCCAAAGGGUCGAUGCCUGAGACAGAUUUGAUUUCAUCUUCUCCAGAGUGGACCUUGGAGAAUUCUUCAUCAGAUUCAACAUUGGACGCAGAUUGGGUAUCCGUUUUAGCUUCAGAGGCAGAUGGCAUAGAAGAUGCGUUGUUGGAACCGGAGGCUUUUCAAGCCAAACCGAAUGCAGUUUCAGCUUUACUGACCGAUUCCGUAGUUCCAAUCGUAGAAGUAGUGGAGUCCUCAUCAGCUUCGACUCUUGGCAUGGAUCCAGUACCAGAUUCAGCUUUGGUGAUGGAGUCUGUUUCAAAUACAGCUUGGGGAACUGAAGAAGUGCAUGCUUUAGGCGCAUCCUUGUCAGGUUCAGUUGCUGAAUCGACUGGCUCGACCGAUUCGGAUGGAAUUUACAUGAUUCCAGAUGCAGAUUGGAUAACAAGCAGAGAUGCUCUACUCGCAGAUUUGGAGUCCACGUCCUCCAAUAUUUCCAAACAAGCUGUGUUUUUCCCAGAAGAGACGCCAUAUUCCUACCCCACAGGAAGUGACUGUUACCAGGAAGUGUCCUCCCCACCUCGACUGACUUCCCCUCCUGCGCAAACACUGAAUGGAACUUUGUUAGAAAAACCAGAGUCGGCCCAGUCUCUCAGCUCAGUUCAGAAAAGCUUCAGUCCUCGUGUGUCGGAGUCCGACGAAGAGCACGUUUAUAGUUUCCCCAACAAACAGAAGACGAUUGACUCUCCUGCUGCAGUCAUGAGCUCAUCGCUGGGUAGUAAUCUCUCUGAGCUGGACCGACUGUUGCUGGAGCUCAAUGCUGUACAGCACAGCACUCCAUCAUUCCCUACUGAAGAAGCGCACCCCCCCAAACUAGCCAGCAACACCCAGCGAUAUGUUCCAGAAAACGGUGUCUCAUCAGUUGUAAAAGCUCCCCCUCCCAAGAUGGAGAAACCCAAAAGGCAUGCUGCGGGUCGCGGUGUAGAAGAUGUCAGACCCAGCAUGGAGAGUUUGUUAAAUGAGCUGGAGAGCUCCGUUCCGGCCCCUGCGCCUGCUCCAUCAGUGCCCAAGGUUUCUGAGUUGAAAGAAGUUCAUGAAGAGACUCCAGCCCAGCAGCAGGCCAGAAUCUCUGCCUCCUCAGCUACAAGAGAGCUUGAUGAACUCAUGGCUUCACUGUCUGACUUCAAAGUUCAGAGCAAUAUUAUGGCUCAGGGUAAGAGUUCCCCCACCAGCGUUCCAAAGCAGGGGAAUAAACUGGACAACAUGCUUGGCAACCUGCAGUCAGACCUCAACCGACUGGGUGUCCAAACUGUGGCCAAAGGAGUUUGUGGAGCCUGCAAGAAACCCAUCGCUGGCCAGGUGGUGACAGCAAUGGGUCGGACGUGGCAUCCGGAACAUUUUGUGUGUACUCACUGUCAGGAGGAAAUAGGUUCCAAAAACUUCUUUGAGCGAGACGGACAGCCAUACUGUGAAAAGGAUUACCACAGCCUCUUCUCUCCACGCUGUUACUACUGCAAUGGACCCAUUCUGGACAGAGUGGUGACCGCAUUAGACAAGACUUGGCAUCCGGAACAUUUCUUUUGUGCCCAGUGCGGGUCAUUCUUUGGCCCUGAGGGUUUCCAUGAGAAGGAGGGAAAGGCGUACUGUAAAAAAGACUACUUUGACAUGUUUGCCCCUAAAUGUGGCGGCUGUGCCCGUGCCAUCUUGGAGAACUACAUCUCUGCCCUCAACUCUCUCUGGCAUCCAGAGUGUUUUGUCUGCAGGGAGUGUUUUACUCCAUUUGUGAAUGGCAGUUUCUUCGAGCACGAAGGGCAGCCAUACUGCGAGGCUCAUUACCACGAACGCCGUGGCUCACUCUGCUCCGGCUGUCAGAAACCCAUUACCGGCAGAUGCAUCACCGCCAUGGGCAAGAAGUUUCACCCUGAGCAUUUUGUCUGCGCUUUCUGCCUUAAACAGCUGAACAAGGGCACGUUCAAAGAGCAGAACGACAAACCAUACUGCCAAAGCUGCUUCGUCAAGCUCUUCAGCUAGAAUCUGUGCCACUUUAGUGUUGAGGUGUGUGUAUGUGCAUGCACGCCAAAAUGAGUCCAAAAUGUUUUGCCUCUGGUGGCCAUAGUGUGCAUUAACACCAGCUUGUUCCUGUGCCAAGCCGUAAAGCACUGUCAAACAAGUUUAGAUCUUCAGGGAGGCCAAAAUGAUUUUUAACAGCCUUUUUAAAACGCUUCACCUUGAUGUUGUCAGACUACAUCUGAGUGUUUGUGGCGCUAUUUUAGAUUUUAUCGAUUGCAUUGGACAAAUCAAGAUCUAUUUUUGUAUUUGUUAUACACACUGAGCUUAACUUGAAUACACAUAUGCAUGCACCUCUUUGCACAUUUCAGGAGAAAACUGUUCUUUUCUUUCUUGCUGCUUUCUAGGACAAAAAAACGUGAUAUGCUGUUUUAUUUUGCAUCAUUCAUUGGCUAUAUCAAGUUUUCUAAAAGGUGCAAUAACCGCUUGGUAUCAUUAACAUCUCAAGGUCAUAUUAUGUAUCAUUUUCUAAUUUUUGGUACUCUGACAGUUUGGAUAGCCUUGGUUUUAUUAUGCAUGUAUUACUUUGUCUGAUCACUUUAUAAAGUGUGCUUUUAGUUUCUCUUUUGUUGAUGGUUGUUUAAAUUUUUCUAUUUCAUGGGGGUUUGUAUUUUUCUGGAUGUUUGGAGUGUUAUAGUUGAUCUUCCAUCUUCAAGGCCCUUAUGAGGGUUCAACUGUGGAACCUGCUCAUUUCUGCUGUUAUUCAUAAGCAUACAACACACAAAUACAUAUUUUAUUAUUAUAAAAAGCCUUCGUAAAGAUACCAGUUUGAGUAUGCAGUGUUCUAUAAUGUGCCUAUUGCCAUUGAGCAUAUUUUGUUAUUUACGAACUGAUUUUUGUCAUAACUUCUCAUCUCAUCAGAAGUAACUUGUAAUAAUUUUAUGAUAUGCGUUUUCCCCCUUUUCCAUUUGUCUGUCUGAUCCUACUGUAUGCGAGUAAAUAUAUUAAAAUAUUUUUAAUUGAUGCCAAAAGAUUUACUCAGAGGUUGUGGCUUUUGUUUUUCCUUUUUAAUAAUUUAAGGAUUUUCUCUGUCAUUUUAUUCUCAAUUGAUUGAUGACAUGCAUAUUGUAUUUAAAACAUGAGGUCUAAAUGUACUGUACAUGUCAUUUAAUAAAUACCAGGAUGUAAAUGA